AUAUUGGUAUCAACCUGACAGAUCCUAUGUUCAGAGGAAUUUAUAGGGGGGUGCAGAAGCAUCAAGAUGACUUACAGGAUGUAAUAGAGAGAGCUAUCCAGAUUGGUGUCAAAAAGAUUAGCAGAGAUGGGCAGCCUAACUAUCAAGUGACUGUAAUGGCUGUCUGAAGUAUGCUGAUUUCUCAAGAGCCAUGAAUUCGUUUUACAAAGAAUUGUCACUUCAUUAAUGUAUCAGUUUUUGGUCUUAGAACCCCUCUACUUUCUUUAGUAUUAUGGCGGAGCCUCUAAAAAGCUUUUAGUUUAUGAUCACAGGUGGAAGUCUACAAGACAGUAAAGAUGCACUGCAGUUGGCACACACAAAUGACAUGUUUUUCAGUACAGUUGGGUGUCAUCCCACAAGAUGUGAUGAAUUUGAAAAGAAUAGCCCUGAUGGUUACUUAGCAGGAUUGCUGGACCUUGCUAGGAACAACAAGGACAAAGUUGUAGCAAUAGGGGAAUGUGGUCUCGAUUUUGACCGCCUGCAGUUUUGUCCCAAAGAUACUCAGCUCAAAUAUUUUGAAAAACAAUUUGAACUGUCAGAACAGACACGGUUACCAAUGUUUCUUCACUGUCGAAACUCACAUGCCGACUUUUUGGACAUAAUGAGAAGAAAUAGAGACCGGUGUGUGGGUGGAGUGGUGCAUUCAUUUGAUGGGACGAAGGAAGCAGCGGCUGCUUUGAUUGACUUGGACUUUUACAUAGGAUUUAAUGGUUGCUCACUGAAAACAGAAGCUAACUUGGAAGUUCUGAAGUCAAUACCUAGUGAAAAACUAAUGAUUGAAACAGAUGCGCCUUGGUGUGGAGUUAAAAGCACACAUGCUGGAUCAAAAUACAUAAAAACUUCAUUUCCUACCAAAAAGAAAUGGGAAAACGGGUGCUGUUUAAAAGACAGAAACGAGCCCUGCCAUAUAAUGUUCACCUGCAUUGCUGUGUCAUCUCCCAGGUUCACCUGCAUUGCUGUGUCAUCUCCUAGGUUCACCUGCAUUGCUGUGUCACCUCCCAGGUUCACCUGCAUUGCUGUGUCAUCUCCUAGGUUCACCUGCAUUGCUGUGUCAUCUCCUAGGUUCACCUGCAUUGCUGUGUCAUCUCCCAGGUUCACCUGCAUUGCUGUGUCAUCUCCUAGGUUCACAUCUUUUCCAUCCAAAUGAGUUUACUGCCUUAGUGGCUUUGGUCAUUUCUUACUUUGUAGGAAAAGAGACCUUAAAGCGUGCCAUAGAGUCAGUCCAAUGUACCUGCCCUGCUACUGUUUAUCACCUGUUGGGUGACCUUUAGUUAAUGGUUAUCUAAAUGUUAAAUAUGGACAAGACAGCUCCGGGGAGGUACCAGUUCUCGGAGCCUCACGAUGGAAUGGCAUGACAGGAUGCCCUUUCCUCAACCUCCCCUGAAAAACAGAAGGCAGAAUUCCAGAAUAGGAUAUGUGUAGAGAGCUGUGAAGAAUCUCCUGGCAAACAGGAAAAGUUGGUCAUAUCAUUUUAUGGACUCCUAUCCAGAGUAAGUCUAGACUUUAUUGGUCUAGUGUGGUUUGCCACUGUAGGCUUAGCUCCAACAUUUAUAAAGAUUAGUUAUCAGAUUGUUUCUGGUAGACAGUAAUGUCUUGAAAAUAUGACUUAAAGUAAUUUGUAAUAAUAGAGUAUAAGCCAGAUCUAAAAUUCAGCAGGCAGCAAAACCAAUGGAAGUGUCCUUCUACACUGCAUAUGGGUCUUUUGUCUUUAACACACUGGUUUUGGCAGAGUUUGAACUGAUGCUUAAAACCUCUCACGUGAGGGAUCUUUGUGCUCUGCUUGUAAAAUACCACUUUCAGGCAUUUUUGUUUGUUUUUUGGCUGGAGGUGGUGGAGGAAUUUGCAGAUUCAAUUAGAAGACAUUUUUUCUCAAAAUUCGACAGUCUAAGGGGACACUAGAGAUCCCAGGACAAUAAAGAAGCUGUUAUUUCACUACGGCCACUUGGCAAAUACACACACUACUUGGAGGAUAUAGUGCCAGUGUAUGUUUUCCAUACUUAAUGCCUUGUAAAAUCAUAGCUGUUGGCCGUAGCUGUAAACUUGCAAGGCAAAUUUCAUGGAGUUUUUAAUGCAGACUUAAGAACUGAAAGCAGUGCAUCAGCCCGUCCUGCAGUUAGCUAAGUGGCAGAGCUUGGGGAAAUUGGCAUUUGCAAGCGGAAAAUGUCAACAUUUCAGAUGGCUGUGCCUCUGCUACUUAGAAUCUGUUAGCUUCCACUCCACUGAGUUUUCCAUUUAACUCUUUAUAUACAGGUCUUCCUUUCCUUUAGGCUAUAAAUUUCUUGAAACAUAUUUUGGUCAGGAAAUGGGCAAGUUACUGAGGCUACCUAGAAGAACCAAUAGUUCUUAUGAUCACACACCCACUGAAUGAGUAGGGUCAAUGUGGCAGCAGUUUUGGAGAGGAGACCUCUGCUCCCUGGAGCAAACAAGCAGAUACAGUAAGCUGCUUGAGAGGACCCUGGAGCUAACAACUGUCUGCCCUAAGAGGUUCUAGGAGCAUGCUUUACUAAGGUGGAAUUUAGCUGUUUACUAAGCAGGCCUGCAGUCAGGUCGGAUAAAGACAAAUGUUGAGCAAAGGCAGGCUGCAGAAGAGUCUGGCAGUGUCAGGGAGACAAUGUACUUAGUGUGGCAGAAAAUAGGGUGAGGUGAGUGGAAGAAGAGAAAUCUGGGACAGCAGUGAGACCAGAUCCUUGGGGCUUUUGUCUGGCAGCAGUGUAGAUUUCAUCAUGACCCAGAGACUACAACAGGAGAAUGGUGAUUUUUACUCGAGUCAGGGUCUCAGGUAGCCCAGGUGGCUUAGAAGUUGCUCUACAGCAGUGGGUGACCUUGAAUCCUUAAUCCCCUUACUUCUGUCUCCCAUCUAUUGGGGUUAGUCCUGAGUCACCAUGUGUACAUCCACUAUGUUGUUCAAGAGUUAAUUGUUUGUCAUUGUGGGGAAUACUGAAAGGUGAUUGAUGGGUUGAUACUGCAAGACUUCAAUGCCUGUGCCUUGCGUAAGGGUGUCCCAGUAGCGGCUGGAAAGAUGGCUCAGAGAUUAAGCGCACUUGAGAACUGAGAUGUUCCCAGAGCCACAUAUUAGGCAGCUCACAACUCCAGCUCCAGGCAAAUCUGAUUCCUCUGGUCCGUGCACUCAUGUUUGUACACACACCCACACACAACCACUGCCACACACACUUAGGAUUGAAAAAUAAUUUAAAGUGUCACAGUAAUGCUAUACUUAAAAAAUAACUGCAGCUUUAUGCCUCUGAAGCUACAGAGAAAUAAAUACACUGGAUACAAGGACUGGCUUCCUAAACAGAAUGCUUUCCUAAGCACGGCGACUGUAGCACACGUCUGAAUAGUAGGGUGACCCUGCGGCACAGUCUCAGCAGAGCAGCUGUGCUCUGGGCCCUCUCCGUCAGCGGCAGCACCCCUUACCAAUGUAGUCUGCGCACAUAAACGUCCUCAAGCUCACUGCGGAAAACUGCAUUUUGACUGCUUCAGUGUCACAGAGUUCCUUGUCGGUGUCUGUGUCAAGCAAGGCUUCUGUGUCAUACUGAGACCAGGUUUUAAAAUUCCAGCUAAUCUUAAAUUCCCUAUCCUACUAAUUUGGGGUGUUCAAGUAGGGUACUCAUAAAGGGAACAAAAAGCUCAUGACAAGGAAUAUUUAAAUGUUUAAUUUGGACUACAACUUUCUAAUCCGUGUUUAAAAACUACUUACAGAUAAUACUGCUUGGAAACCACCACUGUUGAUCAUUAUUUUCUGCAAAGAAACAGAAAGAGGCCUCUAGGCUCUUCUCUCUGCUCUGACACAGGACCGCAACCCUCCCACUGCUACACCUUCUGUACCUGCCAUCAUGUGUUUACUGUGCACACGACCAUCCCUUGCUGUCUGUUAAAAGACUAGUUCAGUAAGCAGUGCCUUUCAAGUUUUUGGCCCUGCUCUCCUCAACACCAUCAUUAUAUAUACACAUAGACACACACACACACACGCAGACACACACACAUAUAUAUGUGUGUGUGUGUAUAUAUAUAUAUAUAUAAAUAAAAUGAAACCCAAAAGUAGAAAGGAACUUAACCUGUAUUAUGUGAACAUAUAUUUCGUUUUUAAGAUGAUCAUGAUCCAGUAACAAAUGUGUUGUGACCUACAGUCUUAAAGGACUCACACCCCUGCGGCCUUAGCGCUGCACUUACAUGACCCUGGUUUCUGUUUUCUUUAUAUGCAUGUUAGCUCCAGAACUUUGAUUGUCAGCAACUGGUAAUGUUUUCCUACUGAUAUUACUGACAACUUUAAUAACUCUUAAAACUUCCUUAGGAAGGGUACAAGCUCUUACACAGGAAAAGGUGAUUAUAUAUAAUUUA